AUGCGCGUGUCUCCUGUAUCGAUUAGUCGGAAUGUGCAGUUCAAAUUUUUGAUAUGUAUACUAACCCUGCUAUUGGUACUUCUCAUCGAGGAAGUCAAUUUUGGCACAGGUUUUGUCACUGUGAUGAACUAUUAUGGAAAGGAAGUGCUGAUCCCGAUCAAAUCGAAGAGAGAGUCGAAGGUACCGAUAGCCAUUGUUGUUAUCGUGCAAGACAACUCUAAUAGGGAACAGUAUCAACAAGCUCAGGAUACGGUAUCAUGCUACGCAACCUAUCACGGCUAUCCAUUUCACUUUGUCGUUGUCAAAGACAACACUACAUUAGGAGAACUAUGUCCUCAGAAAGAUUUCAUGUUCCAACGUCAUUGUGUAGUAGCUCAUAUGAUGAGCUCUUGGGAAGAAGAGUGGCUCCUGUUCCUGGAUGCAGACAUGGCUGUAAUUAAUCCCAAUCACUUAAUUGAGGAAUAUAUCCCUAGUGAUCCCGAUAUUCAUAUUGUUUUCUACAACAGAAUAUUCAAUCACGAAGUUAUGGCUGGAUCUUACCUCACGCGCAACUCCAACUACUCUUACAACUUCCUCAUGCACUGGAGCAAUUAUGAGUUCAAACUGCCACAUAGCUUCCAUGGAUCGGAUAAUGGAGCCAUUCACAGUGCUAUAGUCUCCUACGAAGUUCCUGCUCAAGACGCUGCUCGCAAAAAGUGUGAAAACUUCUGGUUGGCUGCCAAGGAUUUUAAUUCUCUGUCAAUAUAUGAGGUCUGUAUGCAGAUGAUUUUAUCGCUUAAUCAGCUGAAGCAUAUCCUAAUUCUGCCUAAGGGCACAUCAUCAUGGGCACGUGAUGGGUGGCUUACAAAUUCGGCCUGGUGCGAGCGAGAUUUUAUACUUCACGGAUGGCAGAAGAGGAGAAAGGAUAAAAUGCGAUUUGCACGGUGGCAUUCUCCUUUUGUGGACGCUGCUUGGGAUUUAACUUUGUGUGGAGCGUCAGACUCCUAUUUGAAUUGG